CCCUGGCAACCUACUGCUUGGUCGCAGCCCGAGUGACGCGUGGGUUCUCGCACCCGGCGCCCUUGGUCACCCUUGGCUUUGGCAAGGGUAGCUUCUGCAGUGAUGACGGAUGAGGACUCUGAGACCUCUGCCUCCGAGGCGCAGGCCCAGGACGAGAACGAGCUACCUAUUAUCCAGCUCUGCGGGCUGGUGGAAGAGCUCAGCUAUGGAAACUCUGCGCUCAAAACUGAGACAGAGAUGUUUGAAAAAUAUUACAAUAAACUGGAACCCAGGGACCAACGAUCUCUGCGAUUAUCAGAAAUUAAGAUAUCAGGAGCAGAAAUUGCACAGUUACGAGGCAAGUGGAGAUCCAAAUCCCGCACAGGUGUGGACCGUGUGACAGGCCUCAGUGUAGACCAAAAAUGCGAGCUUGUGCAGAGGGAGCUGGAAGACACAAAGGAUGAAAUAAGGCACAUGAGGGCAAACGCCGAACGGGACCUGCAGCAGCACGAGGCCAUCAUUGAGGAAGCUGAAAUUCGAUGGAUUGAAGUUCAGAGAGAAGUGCAUGAGUUUAAAAAGGAUAUUCUAAAGACCAUAUCCAAGAAGAAAGGGAGUAUUUUGGCCACUCAGAAAGUGAUGAAGUACAUCGAAGACAUGAACCGCCGGAGGAAGGAAGAGGUAGGAGAGGCCCUCCACGAGGUUGACUUUCAGCAGCUGAAGAUCGAGAACGCUCAGUUUUUAGAGACGAUCGAAGCAAAGAAUCAAGAACUGAUCCAGCUGAAGCUGGCAUCGGGCAACACCCUGCAGAUCCUUAACGCGUACAAAAGCAGGCUACAACGAGCAAUGGAAAUGUCUGUCAAUCUGGACAAGGAGUUCUUGCUGAGAAAAGAGUUACUGGAAAAAAUUGAAAAAGAAACCCUACAAGCAGAGGAGGACCGGGCCAAGGCCAUGGCUGUGAACAAGCAGCUCCGGAAGCAGCUGGCGGAGUUCCGGGUGCCGCAGGUGAUGUUGUACGUCCAGGAGAAGAUCCGAAAUGGGGACCUGGAGAAGACCAUCAGGAUGUGGGAGAGGAAAGUGGAGAUCGCAGAGAUGUCCUUAAAAGGCUACCGCAAGGCUUGGAAUAAAAUGAAAACCACCAAUGAGCAGUUGCAGGCAAUUUGCCCCCCUGGGAAAUAGCGAGAGGCAGGCUACGGCUGCACCAAAAAGUGACCCAUUAAAGUAAUCAGCCCCUUUCUAGUCAUGGGGCCCUCUCACUGUUCCCUGUGCUGGCUAGUGUCCCCGACUCUCCAGCCAGGCUGCCUGUCACCUCCCAGGCCACUUCGGCCCCUGGGGAGGGUUUUCACAGCCUGGCCCUGGGAACCAUUAACACUGAAAGAACCACAGGGCACUCUAAUGGUUUGUCACUUGUUAGCCCACAUUUAGUUCACAAGCACACAAGAAAGUGACCUUCCCGCAGGCAGGAGUGGGACAGAGGAGGGAGAGCCCGCCCAGUCUGUGCCGUGGGCCUGUCCGUAGCAGCCAGCCAUGCAGCUCUCAAAGAGAGACACCAAAGCAACAUGGUGAAUGCCUGGCACUCAGCGUUCUGAGCUUAGUCUUCAGUUUGGAGGGUUAACUCCUAGACUAAGAUCCAAUUACAAAAGAAAACAAGCACAAAGAAAAACAAGGUAAUUGCUUGGGGCUGAUGUAACCUGUUCUGACCUGCUAGAGGCCGGCCCUCCCCAGCAUCCCCACCAUAGUAGUCAUAGUACAUGGGUUGUAUGUUCACCUCAGUCCUGCCUAACUCCCUUAGACCCUUUUCCCUAAAGUCUAGACUCGCUUGAGUGCCAUUUGUUGGCUCUGAAUGCAUGGUGGCCCUAUUUUGUCCUUGGAGGUGUGCUUGGGACCAUCCAACCUGGCUCAGCCCAGACUGUGUUUGCUGUGUCACGGCAGCAUUCGAUGAGUAGCCGGAGAGAUGAAUUGUGUUCUCCCAGUGGUGGAAAGAAGACAGGGGAGGGCUGGUCCUCUUGGUCUUGGACGUGAUCCAGUCGCUAAAGUCUUCCACCUUCAUGUACAGGAACAGGCCAGGGCACUUCUCACCACCUUGGGACAGGAUUCCUCUCAGCACCCACAGACUCAGUUCCUUCAGCUGGCACAUCAUUGGGUUUCCGGGGUCCCCCUGUGACAAAGGACAGAAGGCUUUGGGUCUUAGAAAAACUUUUCUUUUUUAAUAUAUCCUUGCGCAAUUUACUAUCUGUUCUAGAAAUGUUUUACACUGGUUCUCACUGGAAAUGGGGUAGAUUAUAGGAUACUAUCUCCAGUCUAGGCCACCACCACCGCAGAUUCCAACAAGAUGACCUUUCCUUUUAUUGUACAAAUUAUUUCCUUUUAUUAUACAAUCCUGCAGUUUGCCUGUAGCAUCCUGGUUCCCAUUUCGCUUCCUUGCCCCUUUCCAGUCCAUGCAGCAAAUCCUCCCUCACUUUUGGUUUCUCAUUCCUCAGUGUUGAUAUUUUGUUCCUUUCUGGUCUGGAAUGCUCCCGCCUUCCUUGCUUUCUAUUUCGUUUCCAUCUUUUGUUUAAGCUGCUCCCUCCCGCCCUCGGUCCUGCUAGGGUCAGGGUCAGGGUCAGGGUCAGGGGCUGUGUUUGUUCACAGCCUUUGCAGCCGGGCAGCUGCCUGUCAGUGCCCCUGCCCUGCCCCCUGCCCAGGCUCUCACCUGUCUCUGCUCUGGAGUUCUGCUGCGCAGAUCUUUUCUCUUGUGAGGUGUGGGGUGGAAGCUGGCAUGCUAGACAUGGGGCCCUGGCAGGUUACCUAAUUCUCUCUGAGCUCAGGUGGGGGCACAGUCAGUGCCUGUAGGUCCGGCAGAGCUCCGAGCACAGUGCCUGCCAUACAGGAUGCACUCAGUCAACAAUUAGCUGCCUUGACCCUGGUGUCUAGAAAAGCCAUUAUUUUUAUGUGAAAAACUGAGAAAGGCUGGAAGAGCAACAAGACAGCUACUAGGUAUAAUUAACCUCGCCUGACCCCCCACCAGGCCUGGCCCAAGGUCCACCCUGGUCCCCGAGGGGGCUUAUCAUCAAGGGCUAGCCAGCCAACUUUGACCUGUGUGACCUGCCUUGCUGGGGGGCCAGGCAGUCACACUGCUCUCACUGUUUGGACUGAGGCAUGGAGGGAGGGGGUUUGCAGUCGGCAGUGGGGAACAAGCUGAACAGAUUCAACGUUGAGAAGCAGAGGGAGGCAGGCUCUGCAAGGCAGCCCUAAUGCCCGGUCGUCGCACAAUCACACACAUAGGGAUGACCUCCUGGACUUCGCUCUCUGCCUCUCAUCAGAUGGGAGGGAGCACUUUAGGGUGGGACUCGUGAUUUUUCAGUUCUUUACGUCCUGUUUUCAUCCACUGCUGCCAAACAGCAGAGGGUAGAGGUUUCCUCCCUGAGUGUUGGCUGGUCGUCCCAGGACUGAGUGGUGGACAGGCUCUUGUCUGCCUGGGGCACAGAGGCUCUCUGGCCAAGAAUGGAGUGAUGUCCCCUCUGUUAACCAGUCCCACUCCCAGGUUGUUUUAACUGUGCUUUUACAGCCGGAGGAAGAAAAAGAAUGUAAUUCAGGACCAAACGUUUGACAGAUGAUGGUGUGGUUGAUGUCCCCAGCCAUUGUGUGGAUUCACAAGUCACCAUUCCACUUAGGUGUAGAAUACGCUGCUUUUUCUCUUCCCCAUAACCUGGAAGGCUGAGACUUCUGAAGCUCAAGCAGUGGAGAUGAAAAUUACCAGUGCUCCUCUGGAGCAGCCCUGCCUCCUCUCCCGGGGGAGCGACCCAGCAUGGAAGAGCUCGUUUAUUGUGUGAUCUCAACCUUGACAUUCAGCAAAAGCUCUAACAGUAGUGGGGACCAAAUGGGUGAGCUCAGAGUGAUUCUGCUUUUGCUGGGUUUCUGGGGACCCAUCAGGGCAGACAUUGAACCCGUGUGGUUUGUUCUACAAGGGCAAAGUGUGGCUUUGAGGACCUCUGGAUAUUAGAACCCAUUUCCUAGGAGGAUCCUGGGUAGACCAGUCACCAUUUAUUUGAGAUGGUUUGCAAGCACAGUUCUGUUCAAAAACAAAGGACUAUUUACCAGUGUACUACAGUUAAAAACCAGUCUCAACUUUGCAGGUGGUUUAAAGAGGUGAUCAUUCGAAGAUAAGCAGCUUACCAUAUUCCAGUGAACCUAAGAUGCUCUUAAAAAAUUAGCAUCUUUGAAAUGGGAUGUGUCUUUUAAUUGGUUCAUUUCAGAGUUUAAGUAGCAGCAUUUUCUAUCUCUUGGUGUUACAUAAAAAUAAUGGUGCUUUCUAAAACUGACAGCAUCUAAGAUUUGAUGAAGUGUGGCACUAGAUCGAUGGAGCGGCUGAUGGCAGGAUUUUGUUAAACAGCUACGUCUUCUACUGUAUUUUAACACAUUCUCAGAUUUAAGAUGUUGCUGCAGUCCUCUACCUGGCAGAGAGCCCAGUACAACAUAGGCAGUCAGUCAACAUCUAACCAACUUUGGAACAGCAACCUGAUGAAAGGCAGUCCUUCAUGCUUUCACAAUAAAAUGACUUUUGGGAA